AUGCAACGUGUCCAACAACUUCGUCCACUUUUACCAAAAGGACAUGUCACAUAUUACAAAGAUCAACUUCUGAUUGUCAAAGGAGAAAAACAGUUCCUUUUUGACUCGAAUGGAAAGAAAUAUCUUGACUUCUUCGGAGGAAUCGUCACUGUUUCUGUUGGACAUUGUCAUCCAAAAGUAAAUGCUGCUCUCACAGAACAAGCUCAAAAACUGUGGCAUACCACUUCCAUUUAUCACACUGAACCAAUUUAUGAAUAUGCUGAGAAGUUGAUCGGAAAGUUCCCGAGCAAGUUGAACUCAGUCUUCUUCGUGAAUUCUGGAUCAGAAGCCAAUGAUUUGGCUCUUGCUCUUGCCCGUAAUUAUACUGGUCGUUUCGAUGUGAUCUCAAUGAGAAACGGAUAUCAUGGAAUGACUCAAACUGUCCUUGGAGCUACCAACUUGGGUAAUUGGAAACCAGUUUUCCCCCACGGAUUCAACAUUUUCAAAUCUCUCAAUGCUGAUCCAUAUCGUGGAAUUUUCGGAGGAAGCAAUUGUCGUGAUUCUCCAAUUCAAGUCAAAAACAGAAAAUGUGGUUGUGCUCCAGGAGUCUGUGAGGCAUCUGACAAGUACAUCGAGCAGUUCGAAGAGAUGCUUCUUCAUGAUUUUUCUCAUUCAUCUGGCCCAGCUGCCUUCUUGAUUGAAUCAAUUCAAGGAGUAGGAGGAACUGUACAGUAUCCACAUGGAUACCUCAAAAAGUCGUACGAAGCUGUGCAAAAACGUGGCGGACUUGCCAUCGCCGACGAAGUUCAAACCGGUUUCGGACGACUUGGAUCACAUUUCUGGGGAUUUGAAUCCCAAGACGCUCUACCAGACAUGGUCACAAUGGCGAAAGGAAUUGGAAAUGGAUUCCCAUUGGGAGCUGUUGUCACCACAAAAGAAAUUGCUGAUUCAUUCAAUAAAUCGCUAUAUUUCAACACGUAUGGUGGAAAUCCAUUGGCUUCAGUUGUCGGAAAAGCUGUUUUGGAAGUUAUCGAAGAAGAGAAACUUCAAGAGAAUUGUGCCGUUGUUGGAGAUUAUUUCUUGAAACAAUUGGCUGCUUUGGAUGAGAAAGCAAUUGGAGAUGUCAGAGGAAAGGGACUAAUGAUCGGAGUGGAACUCAUUGAUGAGCAAGGAAAGCCAUUAGCUGCAGCCAAGACUGCCGCCAUCUUUGAAGAUACAAAGAAUCAUGGACUUCUCAUCGGAAAGGGAGGAAUUCAUGGAAAUGUUCUCCGUAUCAAACCACCAAUGUGUAUUACCAAGGAAGAUGUUGAUUUUGCUGUUGAUAUUAUUGCCAAAUCAAUCAAACAAUUCAAAUAA